CCGAUACGAAGUCGGCCUCCUCCCACUUUCUAGGGAGGGGCAAGUAUUGGAGGAGAGACGGAAAAGAAGUCCGCGUCGUUGCUGUUGUCGUCCAUCCGCGUCCCAACCCCUUUCUCCAGACCACGAAUCGGAGGGCAACAUGGCGAGUUACGGCGGCGUACUCCGGCGAUCCGCCGCCGUUGUCGAGCGCGCCCGCGACGGCGCCCGCCGCACCCGCAAGGCCCUGGCCCGCUUCGCCCGGCCCCAGUCCUUCGCGGCGCCGCCCGACGCCGAGGCGGCCGCUGUUCGCGCCGUUCGUAACCUUCGCUCCUUCCGCCUCCAUUACGCCAUCCUCCUCUGGGUCCUCCUCCUCGCCUCCCUCUUCCCCCGCCGCCGCGCCACCAUGCUCUUCCUCAUGGCCGCCUCCAAGAUCGCCCUCUUCUGCGGCGCCCUCCUCAAGGCCGUCCCCAACUCCGCCCUCCUCUGCCGGAUCGUGGACCGCAGACUGGCGGCCGCGCUCGUGCUGGCCGUGAUCGGCGUCGAGCUGGUGGUGACGAGGGCCGUGCCGCAGUUCCUGCUCGCCAUGGCCAUCGGGGUGCCGCUCGUGCUGCUCCACGCCGUGUUCCGCGUGCGGGACGAUCUGACUGCCAGCGGCCAGGAGGCAGCGAGCGCCGGUGGUGGCGAACUGGGGCCGAUCUUCGAGAAGAAGGAAGAUCUUGAAUUGGGCUCUCAGUAAGAGUUGGCUACAAUCUUCAGGAAGAUCUUCUUCUUCUUCUUCUUCUUUCUUUACCUCUCAAAUUACCAUUUCUUUACAGAAUUACAAGAUGAAACUUGAUAUGAUAUACUCAAACAAUUAUAAUCUUGAUAACAAAAUCCUCUGUUUUGAAAAUGAAGAAUAUGUAGUGAGUAAAUUUUUGUUAACCAAAUUUAUUGUAUUGAGAAGUGAGUUUAGCUUA